CGGGGAUCACCGCCAGUGGGCCGAGUACCUCGAACUGCUUAUCAUUUAGGCGUGGCGAACGGAAAUGGAGGGCGAUCUGUUCGGAUUCCUCUUCGGAUCGGUGCGGCCCGAUCACCGCCAACCAAUCGUGCACGAGUUAACGGUCCCCCUUGCGCAGCUGGCCUACGAUCUCCCACUCGAGAUCGUCUCGCAGAACGACGACAGCCCGGUUCUGCACGUCCUCAUGCGAACCUUGGCGCCAUAUCUUCAGUGGUUGGCGUGCUUGGAGGAACCUGGAAGCGGUCGUAACCCACCGUCAAAACGCGAUUAUCUGGACCCGCACGAGAUAGUCGACGUCGCCUUCUUCCAAGAUCAGACGGCCUCCGAGAAUGAGGAGGUAGAGAUUGAAGCGGAAGAAGAAAGCUCGGAAGAAGAGGAAGAGGUCGAAGAAAGGUCCGACGAGGAAGUAACUCCCGAGGAAGGAAGUUACAGUGAGCACAGCGAAGGGGAGCAAAGUGAAGCGGAGGAGGAAGAAGAGCAAGACGGUGAAGAAGAAGAAGAAGACCAGGGGAAAUUAGAGGAGUCGGAGUACGAAGGAUUUGAGGAGGAAGUGCGUGACGAAGCUCGGGCGCAGGCCCAGGCGCAGAAGAGCGAAGAAAUCGCGGCCGGGAAGAGACAGUUGGAAUUCGCCAGCGCAGCCGGCCAGCCGCUCGCCGACGAUCGGGCCCGGGAUCCAGAGCCACCUAAGCCCGAGGAUGGAGAGACAGCUGCCGAGACUUCGGCCGCAUCAGCAAGACGGCGACGGAGCCGAUCCCCCUCCCCCUCCACCUCCGACCGCCCACCAACUCGUCCACGUACCGAUGCGGGGCAUCGGGCUUCGUCCCCGGUCCUUAUCCCGCCGUCCCCUUGAUCACCUCUCCUUCUGCUAGAUCACAACCCGCGUUACCUUCCCCGCC